AUGCGGUGGCGGCUGCCGGGCGCCUGUUCGACCCUCCCCGCCAGCGUCGCCCUUCUCCUUCUCCCCGUCCUGGUCGCUCCGCAGCAGCACCCAGAACUCCAUGACUCCUCCACUCCGAGAGUCUCCGUGCCGCUAGCAGCGGCCGGAGCAGACGCAUCUUCAUCCCACGCGGCCACCAUUGCCGUGCCCCCCAUUGUAAAAUCCAAUGAUGCGAGCGCCCUAGCAACUCUGGCUCUGGCGGGCUCCGGCCGCGCCGUUCGAGCCCCUCCUGUCCAGGCUAGCAGUACCGCUGCCGGCCUGGCUUCGCAGCUUCACGCGCGGUCCCUGCAGGACUGGGAGGUUGAGGACUUUGUGCUGUUGGCGACCGUCGACGGAACCAUCCACGCGAGAGACCGCAAGACCGGCUCCGCUCGUUGGGCCCUUGAGGUGCCCAGCAGCCCCCUCGUCGAGAGCAUCUAUCAUCGUGCCAAUCGGUCCAGCUUCGACGAGACCCAACCCGAGGAUGACUUCCUCUGGAUUGUCGAACCGAGCCAGGAUGGCAGCUUGUACAUUUACAGCCCCGGGCCCGACGCCGGACUCCAGAAGCUAGGGUUGACGGUGAAGCAACUUGUCGACGAAACCCCCUAUUCAGGGUUAGAUCCUGCUGUAACGUAUACAGCUCGGAAAGAAACCACAUUGUAUACCAUCGAUGCUCGCACGGGAAGCAUUCUGCGAGUAUUCAGCUCACGCGGGCCCUUCACAGCCGGACAAGAAUGUCGAAAGGUAGAUGGCUUGGACUCAGAUUCGGAGGAAUGCGAGACCACGUCUGGUACUCUAGUUUUGGGCCGCGUGGAAUAUGCUGUGGCCAUUCAGAACACUGAGACCGGGGAUCCUAUUUGCACCUUGAAGUACUCCGAGUGGGCGCCGAAUAACCGGGACAUGGACCUUCAGAGCCAGUACAUGCGCACGAUGGACCAAAGUCAUAUCUACAGCAUGCACGAUGGCGUUGUCCUGGGUUUUGAUCAUUCCCGUAUGGAUCGUCCCAGAUACACACAACGCUUUCAAUCACCUGUCGCUCGAGUCUUUGAUAUUGUUCGUCCGGCUAAUAAAGAUACUCCGAACACGUCGACACCGCUCGUUUUGCUUUCGCAGCCCCUUCAACCCCCCGAUCCCGACUAUGGUACAUUGGAUGAUCGUGAUAUGCGGGUUUUUAUCGAUUCUACCAAUGCUGGUGGCUGGUAUGCCCUUUCAGAAGAAACAUACCCUUUGGUCACGGGUCGCGCCCCCAUGGCACAGUGCUAUGACAAAGAUUUCUUCCGACGGGGUCACUCCUUGAUGAGCUUGACCCCUCACCAACAAAGAGAUGCUCUGGCAGGGGUCCAUUCUCUAAACGGCCCGCGAAGUACCCCUUCGAUUCCUCGACUCGGCAGUUCCGCAACGGAAUUAUCCAACGAUACCCCGCGAGAGGUGCUACGCAGCCCUUCGGAAUUGGCGCUCCCUCCCGCCUUGCGACACAGCGCCAUCAUCCGGAAGAGUUGGGACAAUGCCUUGGAUAUUGUUGUCACCUUGAUCUUGCUGUUCAUUGGUGCCUUCAUCUACUUCAACUCACAUCAUAUCCGUGAUCUUGCUAAGCAAAAGCUCGACAUUAAAAACAUCAUCAAUUCGAAUGACAGAGGUCCGCUCUCUACUCCAGGCACCCCAAUUGUCGGCACACAUCCGGAAAUCGGAGGCGCGGCCACUCAGAAUCGUCAAGUGCCUGAUGUCACUGUUGAUGUUGAACUAGAUCGUAACUCGCCUGAUACAGAGUCAACCCCACGGCCAUCCCGAGACAAUAGUUUACCCCCGAGUUCGACGCCUCGGGUCCAGAUUCGGGAGCCAUCGCGCGGACCCGACGAUGCUGAGACGGAGGAAGGGGCUGAUCCCGAUAAGUCCGUUAAGAAAAAGCGUCGCCAGCGUGGUAAACGUGCGGGGAAGGCGCACCGUCGAGGCAAAAAGCCAGAUGCGGAGGGCGAUGCCUCAGACCACGCCGACCGAGUCGUGAAUCAAGUCAAUCAUCUGUCGCCUCAACCUGGUUUGGAACCCGAUAUCCAACUGAAACGCACCGUCUCAAAUGAGAUCAUGGAAAUGGACGGGGUCAUCCGUAUUGGGCGUCUCGAAGUCUAUACCGAUGUUGUUCUUGGGCAUGGUAGUCAUGGUACUGUGGUCUACCGUGGCAUGUUCGAUGGGCGCAAUGUUGCCGUCAAGCGAAUGCUCAUGGAGUUCUACGAUAUUGCCUCGCACGAAGUGGGGCUGUUACAGGAGAGCGAUGACCACCACAACGUGAUUCGGUAUUUUUGCCGUGAACAAGCUGCUGGUUUCCUCUACAUUGGACUUGAGUUGUGCCCGGCCUCGUUGCAGGAUGUCGUUGAGCGUCCGUCGCAAUAUCCUGAAUUGGUGCAAAACGGCGCUGGUCUGGACAUGCCUGACGUUCUGCGCCAGAUCACCCAAGGUGUGCGGUAUUUGCACUCUUUGAAAAUCGUCCACCGUGAUUUGAAACCUCAAAACAUUCUGGUCGCUAUGCCGCGGGGACGAACCACCUCGCGCGGAGCUCUUCGUCUUCUUAUCUCGGACUUCGGUCUGUGCAAGAAGCUCGAAGAUAACCAGAGUUCCUUCCGAGCAACCACUGCCCAUGCGGCCGGUACUUCUGGCUGGCGUGCGCCCGAAUUGCUGGUAGAUGAUGAUACCACUGGACCGAUGAGCCUAUCGUCGCAAUACACCGAGUCGUCCGAGCCUGCGGUGGUCGAUCCCCAAACAAAUCGCCGUGCCACACGGGCCAUUGAUAUUUUCUCACUGGGCUGUGUCUUUUACUACGUCCUCACCCGUGGCAGCCACCCAUUUGAUAAGAAUGGCAAGUUCAUGCGCGAGGCCAAUAUCGUUAAGGGCUGUUUCGACCUGGAAGAAUUAAAUCGCCUGGGCGACUAUGCCUUUGAGGCUGACGACCUCAUCCGCUCCAUGCUUUCUCUAGACCCCCGUCACCGGCCCGACGCCAGCGCCGUCCUCAUGCACCCCUUCUUCUGGCCCCCAUCUGAUCGUCUCAGCUUCCUGUGUGAUGUUUCUGAUCAUUUUGAAUUUGAACCGAGGGAUCCUCCUUCGGACGCGCUGCUCUGCCUGGAGUCCGUCGCGCGGCAGGUGAUGGGACCGGAAAUGGAUUUCCUGCGUCUCCUUCCGCGCGAUUUCAAGGACAGUCUGGGCAAGCAGCGCAAGUACACCGGCGAUCGCAUGUUGGAUCUGCUGCGUGCCCUGCGCAAUAAGCGUAAUCACUACAAUGAUAUGCCGGAGUACUUGAAGGCUCAUAUCGGCGGCUUGCCAGAAGGUUAUUUGAACUUCUGGACAGUGCGCUUCCCUAGUCUGUUGAUGAGUUGUCACUGGGUUGUUUUGGAGUUGGGCUUGACCAAUAUUGACCGCUUCCAGCGGUAUUUUACACCGCCCGAAUAG